AAAGAGAGAAGGUUAUAGAUCUUGAGGUUCUUGAAUCUUCACAAGGAUAGGUUGGAGUGCAUUGAUUCAGAAUUAAAGAAAAUAACUAUGGUUCUUAAUGUUAUCUAGAGCUCCUUCUGCUUGUCAAAAUAGCAUCAAAACACCAUUCCAUAUUCUGGAUCCUCUACAAUGAUUCCACCCAAUGCGAUCCACACACUCCGGUGAUCUUCUGUGCAUUGCUGCAAAAAGAGAUGAAGAAUAUUAUGUAGACCUGAUCCGGAUAAUCAGUUUCACCCGAGGUUUUGGAGAGAGUGCAUUUAAAGGCGAUGCGCCACCAUAUUUUACACUGUACCAACAGAUUUUGUUGGAGGUGCUGGAACUGGAGUAGUACAUGGCUUUGGUUGCUGAGAAACAGUGUGAAAAAAAGGGAUAGUAGAAAAAAAGUUUGAAGAAAAUGGUAUUCUGGGUGAUUGGUUACUUAAUUUGGUUCUUUUAUUUAUUUUUUAUGGAGAUGUUUUUAAUUAAUUAAAGUUAAUAAAAAAUAAAAAAUUAUUUUGAUAAAAUAGAAAAAAAAUUAACUAAGCUGAUGGAUGGAGUUUUGAAAAUUGAUUAACUAAAUUAGUAAAAAUUAAGUUUUAAUUAUCUAUUUUGCAUAAAUUAUUGGAAAUGCUCUAGCCGGGCCUUUUUCGGGUUUUCAAUUUCCAUGCAGCAUUUAUAGAGAUGGAGGGAGAGCAAGCUGAUGGGCGAGAACUUUGACAAACACCUUCGGGGCCGAUCAAGAAACCCUAAAAGAAGCAAUGGAAGGUGACAAUCCAACAACACUAAUGUGUACAGUGCUUGCGAUAGACCACACCAGCUUCUGCUACAGGGUCUGCUUGGUCUGCGAGAGAACACUUCCUGACAACUCCACUUCUUUAUGCAAAUUCUGCAACUUCAACGCCUUCAACUCCGUCUCCACAGGUUCCAAACGCCUCUUCCGCGUCCUAAUAUCAAUAGCAUCAGAUACAAAGGUGUUCACCGUGAUAUGCUUUGAUAGGGCAGCUAAAGUUCUCUUUGGGUGCUCUGCUGAUGAGUUCUUUGACUUCGCCAAGCUUCAUCCUUUUGCUGCUGUUUCUGCUAAUAGAAUUCUGGAGGGAGAGAUGUUCAGAAUGACACUGUCCAAAUCAAAGAAUGGCAAUGCACAACAUCUGCGAGUUGCAUCGGUGGUUCCUUUGAGAUCUGGAUUUCUCCCGGCAAUUGAGUCUUUAAGGGAAUUGUAUGGAGAACGUGUUGGUUCUUAACAGUUCUCUUCAUUUAUGUAUCCAACUUCCUGUAAUUUCCCAAUGGAAUGGUUUGUGGAAGGAGAUCUUCCAAAUUCAGGUUUCACCAUUUCUUAUCAUAGUUUAAUAAGUGGAACGCAUUAGCUGCCCAUUCUAAGGUUGGGCAGUAAGGGUCGGAGAAGUGCAACCAAAGCGUCAGGUGGAAAAAGGGUGGGGGGGGAAGCUCUCUGUUCCUGGUUCUCCUGUAGGGAAGGUCUGAUUUGGAUGGGAUUGUUUUAAUGUUAAAAGGGGAACUGAAAAAGAAAAAAGGAAAGCUUUUCUCUUUGCUGGCUACUGUUGUAAAUGUAAACUAGACUAGGAAUGUCGAUGGGUUCUUUUAGUACUAAUCAGUUCGCAAUGCACCAGAAUUGAACUGGGAGGUAAUA